ACAGGUCCUCACAACUUUAAUGGGCUGUUUAAUGGUUAAGACUAUAGUUUCCAUUGGAUUUUCAGUUGUGGUUAUGGAAAGGGUAGGAGUUGCGCACUUUGUUAUUGUUAUAUUGUUAUAUCAAUGAGUGUCCUCACAGACAGAGAGAAGUGUGUGUGUGUGUGUGUGUGUUUGUUUGACACACAAAGCCCACGGGCUCUCAUCUAUCCCGGUUAUGCUGAAGCCGAUACACAGUUGAUCGGUUGACCAGUGUCAAGAAUAUUACACCGGAUACUUUCAGCACCAGGAAGUGCUCGCAGGAAGUAGUUUGCUCCCGUGUUUGAGUGACAGCUGUGCACUGGUGACAGCCCACACCGGGACGGCGGCCCCGCAGAGCCGAGGCGAGACUUAAGAUGGCAGGUCUAUCUUUAUACUUUGAAGAUGGCCAUGAUGAUUUGGAUGACUUUGGAUUUGAUGAUUAUGGCUCAGAGUGUGACGGCAUUCGCAUUACAGCCUUCCUUGAUGCAGGACAAGACAACUUAACCCCUCUCGGGAGGCUAGAGAAGUACGCCUUCAGUGAGAAUGUUUUUAACAGGCAAAUCGUGGCACGUGGCCUGCUUGAUGUGCUUCGGGAGUUCAGUGACAAUGAAAAUGACUUUAUCAGUGUCAUGGAGACAGUCGCCCGAAUGUCAGAAGAUGGAGAGCCCACAGUGCGAGCUGAACUAAUGGAGCAGGUUCCCAAUAUUGCCAUGUUUUUACAUGAGAGUCGGCCAAACUUCCCAGCCGCUUUCUCAAGAUACUUGGUUCCAAUUGUAGUCCGGUAUCUUACUGAUCCAAAUAAUCAGGUGCGGAAGACGAGUCAGGCAGCUUUGCUUGUUCUGCUGGAACAGGGCCUUAUCUCUAAAGCCGACAUGGAAACUAAAGUAUGUCCAGUUCUGCUGGACCUCACAGAACCCAGCAGUGAUGAUGACUACAAAAUAGAGGCUGUUGCUAUUAUGUGUAAAGUUGUCACGAUGUUGAGCAAAGACACAGUGGAGCAUCUACUGUUGCCACGUUUCUGUGACCUGUGUAGUGAUGCUAGACUUUUCCAGGUUCGCAAGGUUUGUGCAGCAAAUUUUGGAGAGUUCUGUUCUAUUGUGGGUCAGGAGGCUACUGAAAAACUAUUGAUGCCCAAGUUCUUCGAUCUGUGUUCGGACAGUUUGUGGGGCAUCAGGAAAGCUUGUGCUGAGUGCUUCAUGAUGGUCUCUAAUUCCACCUGUCCAGAAGUGCGACGCACAAAACUGUCCCCCCUGUUCAUCAGUCUUAUUAGUGACCAGUCCCGCUGGGUGCGCCAGGCUGCCUUUCAGUCUUUGGGACGUUUUAUCUCUACCUUUGCCAACCCCUCCAGCACAGGUCUUCACUUCAGAGAGGAUGGCGCGCUACUAGAGGUCCCCAGGGUCAUGUUGGAUGGCAACUGUUCCCUUAACUCCUUGAACUGCUCCGACAUCAGCAUCUGCCGCACAGCGAGAACCAUCGUGCACACACCUCCCAACCAGGAUGGACGUGCAACACCUUCGCCAGAGCAGAUUUCAAUAGCUGACCGUGAAAAUAUGCACAACUUUGAUGACAACACUUCUGUGUCUGCUGAGAUGCAGGACGUUUUCAGCCACUUUGUCUCAAAUGACAGGCCUAUGAAAACAAACAACACAAAUAACACAAAAGAGAUCGACCAGACAGAUGAGAACUUUAAUUCUUUCCACUUCUGGAGGUCUCCUUUACCGGAUAUCAGUGGGGAUCUGGAGAUGCUAAGUUGUCAAACAUCAGAGGACGUGAGAAAGGAGGAGAAUGAGGAAGAUGAGGAGGAAGAUAAUUGUCCCGACUCCAAGUCAAAUCAUGGCAAAACUACCAGUGACCGGAUCCAGAAAGUGUUAGACUGUUUGCAACCUCACAUGGACGACCCUGAUGUACAAGCGCAAGUCCAGGUGUUGUCAGCAGCUUUGAAGGCAGCCCAGCUCGACAACCCAACAGACGACAGCCCAACUGAGCCGCAGCCAGAAGAGCAGCCUGAGAGUGACACUGAGGACCCGUCUGUGGAGAGCAAAUCUGUGGAGGUUCAGUCGGAAAGUGAGGAGAGCCCCACAGAAGAGGAGCAAAUGAUGGAGACGCAACCAGAGUCGAGCCCUGUCCAGGAGCAAGGAGACGAAGAGACACAGACGGAGCCUCAGGAGGAACAGGAAGACUCUCCUCUUAACUCGCCUGUUCUAGAGUCUGAACUGAUAGAGCGUGUGGAGGAAGAGGAAAAGGACGACUUGGCUCACAGCCCUCUGUCUGAGGAUAAACCUAAGGUCCAGAAUGUCAUUCCUCAGCAACUGUUGGAUCAGUACCUCUCAAUGACGGACCCGGCCCGGGCUCAGACGGUCGAUACAGAGAUAGCCAAACACUGUGCCUUCAGCCUGCCGGGAGUCGCUCUCACUUUGGGAAGACAGAACUGGCAUUGCCUCAAGGACACGUACGAAACCCUAGCUACUGAUGUGCAGUGGAAGGUACGUCGUACACUGGCCUUCUCCAUCCACGAGCUGGCAGUGAUCCUGGGAGAUCAGCUGACGGCGGCAGAUCUGGUUCCCAUCUUCAAUGGUUUCCUCAAAGACCUGGACGAGGUCCGCAUCGGUGUGCUCAAACAUCUGUAUGACUUCCUCAAGCUGCUGCACGCAGACAAAAGGAGAGAAUAUCUGUACCAGCUUCAGGAGUUCAUGGUGACGGACAACAGCCGCAACUGGAGAUUCAGAUAUGAGCUGGCAGAGCAGCUGAUCUUGAUCAUAGAGUUGUACAGCCACUAUGACGUGUAUGACUACCUCAGGCAGAUAGCGCUCACACUCUGCUCUGACAAAGUCUCGGAGGUCAGGUGGAUCUCAUACAAACUGGUUGUAGAGAUUCUCCAGAAGCUGUAUGCAUGUGGUGCUGAUGAUCUGGGCCUGAACUUCAUCAAUGAGCUUACUGUCAGGUUCUGCCACUGUCCCAAAUGGGUGGGGAGGCAGGCCUUUGCCUUCAUCUGCCAGGCUAUAGUGGAGGAGGACUGUAUGCCCAUGGAGCAGUUCAGCCAGCACCUCCUGCCAAGCCUCCUCAGCCUCUCAUCAGACCCAGUAGCUAAUGUCCGUGUACUGGUGGCCAAGGCUCUACGACAGAGUGUCAUGGAGAAAGUGUACUUCAAGGAGCCGGGCUGUGCCUACUCUGACGAGCUGGAAGAGACUGUGAUGGCGUUGCAGUCAGACAAGGACCGCGAUGUCCGCUUCUUUGCCAGCCAGGACCCCAACAAAGGCUUGAUGGACACAGCCUCUUUGACCUAGCCCCGGCGCCCCAACUCGUGUUACAGCCCACCUGCCUGUCUACCUACCUGUCUGUCUGACUGAUGCACAGUCAGCACAACUUGCAACACCAGCACCUGACCAGACCCCCGACCACUCGCCUGCUGGGCAGACCCGCACCAACCUUCACUUGAGAGUCGUGUCAGAUGUUCAGAUUAAAGUAAAGAAGCGUGAGCAUGCUCAAACAAUACAACCCAUUGUCUGGUUGGGCUCUACACGGCACACCUUACAUUCAUUCACAACACACAGUGCAUGCUUCUCAGCAUUUUCAGGAAAUGAGCAGGACUCAGAGGUCGGCUGCACUGCUUUGUAGGAGCUGACACUUUUUUCGUCUGAAUAUUUUUCUCGCCCUCCACACUAAUAACAAUGACUCAAUCCUCCCCCCCCCCCCCGGCCACAGAUUUGUAAAAUUACAACAGGCUCUUUUUCUCCAAAGCUAACUGUAAGCUUGAUAUAAAAUUUCUGAAUUGAUUUUAAUAUUCCUUGUUGCUUCUUUUUGUGGAUUUCUUAACGAACAAGCGGGCGAGGCCUGCCCGACUCUGACAUGUGCACUAACUCAGGGGGACUCAUCUGAAACUAAACAGCAUUAUUAGCUUUUGUGAUAAGCAGCGGCUCAUGUUGAAAAAGAACUACAGCUGUCUGAGCAACAGACCAGCCAAACCAAGUAGCUCUGGUGGUGUGUCUCGCAUCAUUUCUUCUCAAAUGCCUCUUGUCCUCCAUCUUGUGAAUUGUGCUCUGGGUUAUUGUCUGUUUCUGUUCUACUUUUUUUUUUAUUCCCUCUCUUCAUUUGACCGCUGGGCCACUGAAACCACUACUGUUGCAUAGAGGGAACAGUGACUCUGCCACUCAGCGUAAAGUUUGAUUGACGCCAUGUCUUAGACAUGUAUUUCUUUUAAAAACCUUAAUCACAAACUGUUGACUCUCCCUCUCCAAAAGAAAGUGUCUUUUUACCAAAACACUUCUCCCGAGCAUCAGGUGACGAUGAAAUACCUCUGUUUGGACGUGACUGGCCAGUGUGUGGUUCAUGUAGAGAGAGACGUCUGUUCUCGCAGAUGACGAAUGUGGGUGAUUCUGUGGUGUCAACUUCAACAUCUGAACAAGGGCUCUUAACGAUGUGCCACAGGGUGACGUCAAACUCAGAAGAGAUGGAAGGCAAGCUCACUGUUGGAUUAUGCAUGCAUGCCCCUCUUUGUGUAUAGUCUGUUCCAGUUUUUAAAAACGUUGACCUCCUGAUAUGAAUUAUGUGACCAUGGUAGCUUUCAGUGGAUCUGAUGGACCAGUUGAACAGUAGGAUAAAGGAGCAGCCGUAUUAGGAGACUGAAAGAUGACUGAUGUUUGAAGUUUCUCAAUAUUUUGCUACUCUUUGUACAGUGUAAACCUGUGGAAAACAGUAUAUGUUUCUGGAACCAAGGCCAGUUAAGUCGGGUUUUUAAACAUGGAGAUGUGUGAAUACUGGGAGCAGUCACCAAGUCACUUUUUUUUAAGUCUCUUGUGCUUGUUUUCCCUCUGUUGUAAAUUAUAUCACGCUCAACCUCCCCCCCUUUUUUUUUUUUU